GUAAACAAAACUUCUAACCUAAUUCCAUUUGCGGAAGAAAUUCUUUUUCAAAAUGCUUUUGAAGCGUUUUUUCUCCACGUCCGGGGGCCAAUUACGCAGAUUCUCAGCCCUGUAUCUCACAGGCGAUAAAGCCAGGGAAGAGUAUGCCUCAGUGCAUCCGUACCUGGAUUUCCAAGGUGUCCUGGGAAACAGAGAAGCUCUCCAAGAAAGCCUCGAAAAGAGGAAUUGUUCAAUAAAUCUCCAGGAUCUUUAUUCCCAAUGGAAAAAGUAUAAAAACAUUCAGGAACAGAAGAAAUCAAUGGAACAGAGAAGGGAAGAGAUUGUUAGGAUCCUAAAGGAAUCGCCUGGAUUAAAAUCAGACAAUGUGGAAAGUCUGAAGGCUGAAGGAAAGCAACUCAGGAAUACAUUGACGGAUUUGAAGGAGAAUUCUUAUGAAUUUGAAGAGGAGUUUAUUAAUAAGUUCCUAGAACUUCCCAACUUGAUUCAGUCUCAAUCCAAAGAUAGGGUCAUUUACACUUAUCUGACCAAGGAUUCCUCAGCAAAGCCAUCAGGACUAAGUUCCGAUUUGAUCUGCAAGGAUUCCAUUUACUUUUCAAAGGGGGAUUUAGCAAAGUUUGAAUUCUUUUUUCCCAUUUUCUGCCAAAAAUUUUUCAAAUUGAAAGGAUUCGAGUAUUUUUCCAAUCCAGAUUUUGCAAGAUCAGUAAUUGUUGAGGCUGCUGGAAUGCCAAAAGAUUAUCUAUAUCGUGUUCUUGAGGACGAAGGAAGCAAAAUCAAUCUUUUGCAUUUAACUGGAGGGAGUUCCAUGCUGAGUUUCUUGAGUUUUAUUGCAAGACUUUCGGUUUUUCCAAAGCAAUUGCCUCUGGCAUUCAUUGCCAAUGGGAAGAAUUACUGCAAGAACAAUCCUAGAAAUCAAGGAAAUUCUGUUCAACUAUUUUAUGCGUCUAGUUCCAAAGAAAAUGCUGAAGAAUUCAUUGACAAAAUAGUUAAAGAUUUUAGGGAAAUUUACGAGAAAUUUAGCAAUCAUUUUCGUAUCAUUAACGUUCCCCCGGAAAAAUUGGAAAGUUCCGAAUUAAUGAGAUUUUCCCUGGAAUUUUAUUCGUCGACGAGGGAAGAUUAUUCAGAAGUUGCGAGUGUUAGUUUCCACGGAGAUUUUAUUAGCAAGAGAUUGUUAUUUAAUUUUAAAGAGGGCAAAGAAUUCAAGUUCCCACAAAUUGUAACAGCGACUAUUUGUGAUACUUCAAAGUUAAGCGAAGUUCUAUUGGAAAAUCAUACAGAUUUUUGUGAAUUACUGAAAAUUUUCAAAUAAACCACUUUUAGAACUUU